CAACAGCAGGGCGCCACAGAGGUGCAGGCCGAGGAGGAGGCGGCUGUUGACAAGCUGGCGUGGCCGCUGCGCGUGCUGAUUGCUGCUGGCCUGGCAGAGUCGAUUCACAGCGUCCACCAGGCGGGCGUCUACCACUUGGACAUCACCCCGC